GAAGCAGCAUAUGCCACUGUAGUUUCGUGAUCGUGGCGGUAGUGGGUAUUGAAAGAUGGCCGACGUAAUUGAUUGUAAUUUUCCUGUAUGGGGUCUUCUGCCUAAAAAAGAGACAGGUGUCACGCAGUUCUUAACCAAAUAUCCCGAAUACGAUGGUAGAGGAAUUACAAUUGCUAUAUUUGACUCUGGAGUUGAUCCUGGCGCACCAGGACUACAGGUAACAAGCGAUGGAAAACCAAAAGUCAUUGAAAGGUUCGAUUGUAGUGGAGCCGGUGAUGUUGAUACGAGCACCGUGGUUCAGAGCACGGAUGGCUGUAUCACUGGUCUUACUGGACGGAAAUUAAAGAUUCCUUCAAACUGGCAUAAUCCUACUGGAGAUUAUCACAUAGGAGUGAAAAAUGCGUUCUCUUUAUACCCUAGUAAAUUGCGAGAGAGGAUCGAGGCUGAUCGUAAAGGGCGACUUUGGGAUAAUGUUCAAAAAUCAGCUCUUACCGAAGCUACGAGACAACUGCAGGAAUUUGAAGCUAAGAACCCUCAGCCCACUACACCUGAGGAUAAACAGCAGAAAGAAGAACUUGAAGCUAGAGUUGAGAUUUUAAAUAAUCUGGAAAAAAAGUAUCAUGAUCUUGGACCUACCUAUGAUUGUGUAGUUUUCAAUGAUGGAAAAAUAUGGAGAGCUUGCAUUGAUACGUCGGAAGAGGGCAAUUUACAAGCAGGUGUUUUCCUUGGAGAAUACUCAAUCACAAGAAAUUAUGCUCCUCUUACUCCAGAAGAUCAGCUGAACAUAACAAUAAAUGUCCACGACGAUGGGAAUACGCUAGAAAUUGUAUCUAUGUGUUCAAGCCAUGGGACUCAUGUAGCAUCUAUAGCCGCAGCUCACUUCCCUGAAAGUCCAGAAUUGAACGGGGUAGCUCCCGGAGCUCAAAUAGUUUCGUUAACAAUUGGUGAUGGUCGUCUGGAGUCUAUGGAAACUGGAACUGCUCUGGUAAGAGCAAUGAUUAGAGUGAUGCAGCGGAAAGAAAAAAUACACGUUAUUAACACAAGCUAUGGGGAACAUGCUCAUUGGUCAAGUGCCGGAAGAGUAGGGGAGCUCAUGAAUGAAGUCAUCGACAAAUACGGAGUUGUAUGGGUGUCAUCAGCUGGAAAUCACGGUCCUGCAUUGUGCACUAUUGGAUCUCCUCCUGACAUAAGCUCAAAUAACAUAAUCGGCGUUGGAGCUUACGUUUCCCCGGAUAUGAUGGUUGCUGAAUAUUCACUGAGGCAGAAAAUGCCUGGAAUGCCAUACACGUGGUCUUCCAGAGGACCAACAAUUGACGGAGAUGUCGGCAUCACGGUUUGCGCUCCAGGAGGUGCCAUUACGAGUGUGCCUAACUUUACCCUCAGAAAAAGUCAGCUCAUGAAUGGAACGAGCAUGUCUAGUCCCCAUGUUACUGGUGCUAUAGCUAUUUUGCUGUCAGGUCUUAUAGCCAAGAAAAUACCAUUUUCACCAUACAGUAUGAAGAGGGCGCUUCAAAAUUCUGCAAUGUAUGUAGACACUAUGGAUCAUUUUGCUCAAGGCUCAGGUCUCUUGCAAGUAGAACGUGCGUUCGAUCAUUUAGUUGCCUACUCUGGUGCUCCCGAAAGAGACGUUAGAUUCUCCAUUACGUGCAGCUUAAAUAAUGCAAAAGGAAUUCAUCUUAGAGGUGGUGUUCUUGAUCGGCCAAAAGAUUGCCCAAUCACUGUUGAGCCAAUAUUUUUGGACAGCGACAAUGUUGAGCCAACUCGAAAGAUAAACUUCAACCUGAGAUUAUCCCUGGUCUCCGAUGCCUCUUGGAUACAAUUCCCAACUCAUUUAGAUCUCAUGCAUAUGCCCCGUGCUUUUGCCGUCCGAGUGGAAUCUGGUUUAUUACCUGAAGGUGUGCACGCGACAAGCAUUCGAGCCUAUGAUGUAACUUGUGUAGAGAAGGGACCAGUCUUCCAAGUCCCUGUGACCGUUGUCCAACCAAUGGCACUACCAAAGACAGCUGUUCUUCCUGAUGUUCAUUUUACAAACGUUCUUUUCAAACCUAAUACUAUUCGUAGGCAUUUCAUACUUGUGCCUGAUGAUGCCACGUGGGCUGUUCUCAGAUUGAAAGGUACGGAGAAGGAUAAAAAUGGUAGAUUUGUCAUCCAUACUGUUCAGCUAAAACCUAAAUUAGUUUGCAAGACUCUUGAAUCCAAUAAAAUGACGAAUGUUACAUCUCAGUCGGAAACGAGCCAUGGAUUUUCCGUCGAGGGAAAUAUUAUCCUGGAAGUUGUUGUCGCAAAGUAUUGGGCAAAUUUGGGUGACAUGCUAGUUGAUUAUUCAAUCGAAUUCCACGGGGUACACAUGAUAUCUGGAAACCUUACCAUGCAGGCUGGCGAUGGUAUAAAUCGCAUGGAAGUACGUACUUCUCUAAGAUAUGAAGAGAUCGUACCAGUUGUGUCUCUCAAAUCUUCUGUUCAAGUUCUCAGACCUAUCGAAUCAAAGAUAAGUCCGCUUCGAUCACGCGACGUCAUUCCCCCUGCCCGACAAAUCUACGAACUGCAAUUGUCUUACAAUUUUCAUGUUGCUAAAGCUACUGAAGUAACGCCAAAUGCAGCGUUGCUUAGUGAUUUGCUUUACGAGAGCGAAUAUGAGAGUCAGCUGUGGAUGAUAUAUGAUUGCAACAAGCAACUCCUUAGUUGUGGAGAUGCUUAUCCGUCCAAGUACACGAUGCAAAAAAUGGAAAAAGGUGACUAUACCCUAAAGAUGCAUGUCCGACACGAAAAGAAAGAAUUGUUGGAAAGGCUUUCAGACAUGACUAUAUUAUUAAACCAAAAACUCAGCUCUCCGAUUACUUUGGACGUCUUUGCCAGCCAAUCGCAGGCUAUUACUGGUGGUAAAAAAAUGAUGGCAGCUACUGUACCACCGGGACUAACACUACCUUUGUACAUAGCGCCUCUCGCGAAUGAAAGCAAAGUAUCGAAGUGUGCAACGCUUGGUACAUAUCUUCAAGGUACUUUGACCUUCUGCAAGGAUGAUAUUGGCAAAAAAGUCAAUAACCAUCAGUUCAAAUAUGUUUUAUCCGAACCUGCGAAAAAAGCUAAUGGACCUUCAACUAAGCAAGAGAAAGACAAAGUUUCAAAGUGGGAUGAGUACAACGAAGCUGCUCGGGACCUUAAAUGCAGUUGGCUAGCAAAAUUAGCUCCAUCCAUAAAACCUGGUGAACAUGCAGCUAGUUUAUAUGACGAGCUGAAGAGUGCCUUCCCAGAUCAUCUUCCUGUUCACACCGCCAUGUUAGUUUCUCUCGACUCACCAGAGGCUCGUCAUCAUGUGCCGCACGACAACCUAUCAGAUAAUGCAAUUUUCCACGCAAACCAAAUAGUUGCUGUGGCCGAUCAUGUCAUUAACUCCAUUGAUCAAGAGAAGCUUUUAGCAUACUAUGGAAUGAAAAGUGAUCAGCGACCAGACGCAGCUAAAAUCAAAACAACAAUGGAAAAACAAAAGACUGGUUUAAUCGAAGCUUUAGUAAAAAAAGGCUGUGCUUUAGGCAGGCUUUAUGUUCACAGCAUUAAAAAUGGUGAAGGCGAUGGACAGUACAAGAAUUUACUUGACAGUAUGGUGACGACAUGGAGAGAUGUGCUAAAGUUUUCAGAAGCUACAGACAGCAAGGUCAUCAUCCUUUCCUUGUGGCAUGCUCACGUUCAUAAACACUACGGCCGAUAUUUGAAACUGUUGACACGUUACUACGAAGAUAAACCAUUGAAAGAAAUAGACGAAAAAUGUAUAGAUCUGGCUAAAACGUUGGGAUGGAAUCACUGGGCUUGUCAUUUAAAUACAUUUAUACCAACACGCUAUCCUAAUUCUUACAAACCAUUUUGAUCUGCUGACAUUUCUAUGUAACGAAGAUUGCUGACACCAUGGUUGCUAUUGCGCAACUUAUCAUCCCUGAACUAUAUAUUUGAAAGAAUAGCCCACCCCAAACGAUAUACACAUCAAUAUAACAAGAAACGAAUGGCUAACAUGAAUACAGGAAGUUAAUAAUUGAAGAUUAUUAAAUGAAACAACUGGAUGUCAAGUAGUUUCAUCAUUGGAUUAUAGGGGCACUCACACGGAAACAGCAGUAUGCAACAAUUAGAAUUCAUUUAAUUUUAUUUGUUCAUUCUGAUUAUAUCAUGAGAAUUACUUAGCUAAAUAUUAUACAUAUUCUAUUUAUACAAAUUUUAAAUAAUUUUAUCGGACCAAGCACGAGAAGAAAUUCACAGACAAGCGUUUGUUUUUAUAUUUUCUUCGCGCUAGGUCAAAAUUAAAAAAAUUAAAUUUUAGUUCGAAACAACGUUCUCUUACAAAGUGGAUUUCGUCGAAUUAAGUAUAUGUCAGUUCUUUGUUUCGCCUCGUUUUUGUCCAAUCUAUUAAUACUAAACCCUAAUUACUAGAACGAAUUGAAAAAAUAUCAAUGAUUCAAAAUGCAAAUGGAAAACAAUUUUAGCCAUUUCGACAUCUUUUUGCGGCAAAUGAAAUUCGCAAAAAUGUAUUAAAAUAUAAAAAUCUCUUAACAACAAUUCGUAAGGUGAUCAUUAUAUUUGAUUAUUAAUAACAUUGUCGUUUUUAUUUUAAAGACAUCGCAAAAAUCACAAUCUAAUAUUUAUUGUAAUGCGUCUGCGUGAUAUAUUUAUACGUAUAAUAAAUAAUAAGAUGCACAAUCUACCAAGUUAUACGUAAUUACAUAAUAUUUAAAUAGGCUGCGUUCAUUUUCACUAAUUAAUAAUAACCAUUAUCGCGCGGCGUGUUGUAUUAUAAAUAUUACGCACUCGUAUGCAUGUUAUUAAAACAAUAGAGCUCAUUAUGAAGUUUAUAUUACUGAAUUGUUUAUUUUAUGCGAUACAGUUGAUUACGAAUCUGUUACAACCCGUUCCACUAUCUUCACAAUCUCUUGUCUGCAAUUUUAAAUUAGCAUUAGCUUAUCUACAUCUUGUGAUGAGCUGAGCGAAUAUUUGUUCUUAUUGCUGCAAAUGACUGAUAAAUUGAAAUAUCGAUAAUAAAACUAAUAAAUGCAAAACCA